GUCCGCCUUCAUUCCACACUUUCGUUGCGGCCGAAGGGUCCCCUCCCGGUGCCAUUACGCAUCUUUUUUUAAAAAAUAUAUAUCUUUUUAGUAAAGCACUUUGUUUAAAAAUACAAAUUAGUAUUUGGGUUGUCGCGUCUUAGUUUUAAGCGGGCGGGGACGUGGAUGUUAAGCCAGAGGGCGUUGUGUUUGGAUCAUGCAGCUGUGUCUUAGAGCGACGGACCUGCUGUUAAUACGCGUACCAACAUUCUUCGCCUUUUAGUCGAGGUUAAACAAGAUUGUCUUUCUAAUUAAGCUUGAAUCGAAGAUCAGGGAGAAGAUUCAUACGCUGCGCUCAACAUGAUGCCUGUGAUCCUGACGGUGCUGCUGAGCGAGGGAGACCAGCAGGGUAUCGAGGUGCCGGUCACGCCGGAGACCUGCUGCAGGGAUGUCGUGGACUUCUGCAAGGAGCCCGGAGAACUGCACUGCCACCUAGCGCAGCUGUGGCGAGGAGAUGAGCGUUCCCUGCCAGCACAGGAUAUGAUUUAUGAUAUCCUGCAGCAGUGGGGGGCCCGCCGGGACGAGGUUAAAUUCUACUUGCGGCACGAUGACCCACCCACCGUCGACAGAGACCCAGGUGGACACGGAGGCCGGGGCACGAUGCUGAGACGUGGCAUUGGUGGUGGCCCUCCUGACAAUCGGGAGCAGCGUGUGCAGCACAUGAGGCAGCAGCAGGGGCAGCAGGCAGGCCUCGGUGAAGCGGAGAAGCUGCAACGUCUGCGCGAGCGCGUCGAGAGCCAGGAGGCCAAGAUCAGGAAGAUCCGUGCCAUGAGAGGCCAGGUGGACCAGCCCAAGCUGCUCAACAAUAAUCUCUUGUCGGAGCUGACGGUGAUGAACAGCUUCCUGACGGAGAAGCAGCGGGAGCUGUCGGUGGCGGUGACGCGCGUGGAGGAGCUCACGCAGCAGCUGGAGGACUUGCGCAAGGGCAAGUCCAACGGCUUCUGCCACGCGAACCUCGGCAAGCAGCUGGCCUCGGCGGUGCUUGACCUUGACCGUCUCUACCGCGAGCUGCAGACGAGGAACCGUCUACAGCAGGAGCAGAACCAGAGGCAGCAGCACCGGCGCAAUGGUGCAACGGCCGAGAUGGAGCGACGGAUCAACGAGCUUCGGGAGCAGAUGUUGAAGAAGAAGCUGGGCACCGGGGGCACGGAUUCUAUCGCACCAUCUCCGGAACGGAGCAGAAUCCCCAAUGCCGUGUCCGGCCGCGUGGCGGCAGUAGGGCCCUUCAUUACAAACCUGGGCCCCCCCGAUGGCACCACGGCCUUCAGGACCCCCGGGAGCGAGGCUUACGGCCUCCCCACAACUGCCGCGCGAGAGGGGGUCACACGUUAUGAUUUAAAGCCUAAAGGAUUUUGGGCCGAAUCGGACCUGGAUUUUGCGAACAUGAGUACAAAGCAAGGCCAACCACUUUUUGGGGCCACAGAGACGAGCGAGGGGGCCCGGCUGGGUGGCAGCCAAACCCAGUCCUCCACGCUGAGCCGCGCGACGCUCAGCUCCGCCGACUGGAAGGAGUCGAGUCUCGACGUCCCGCUCGCAAACCAAGGCAGGGCAACGUCUCCCGGCAGCCACGAUGCCAGCACUCUUUCUAUGCUCAGGACAGAAUUCAUUGACAGCUCUCAGCCUCCGUCCAGCAUUAGACAGAGUUGGGCUGGGGUGAGCGGGCAAGGUCAAGUACGGCCCAGGCAGCCAGGACCUCAGGAGUAUGCCUUGCCGAUGGGCGGAACUCUGGACCGGAGACCCAACGGUGGCACGCUGGGGGAACGUUCGGUGGGCCCCGCCAUGACUGGCAAUGGAACUUGGCCUGGGCAGCCGGCGAAGCAGUUCUCCCAAGACCAGCCACGUACUUCACGACAGAUCCAGCAGCGGAUCGUGGUACCCCCCAGCGGGCUGGCUCCCCAGACGCAGCUGCCACCGCGCCCAGCUUCCCCUGCCCUGUCCACUGGCUCCUCGUCGUCCUCCUCAUCCCUCCAGCAGCCCUAUCACCCCCCAAUGCAGCCGCCAUCGAGCACGCUCUUCGCCCAGUCAAAGUCAGGAGUGAGCAGCCCUUACCUGCAGCAGCAGCAGCAGGGUGUCGGCAGCAGUAUCCCGUACACGCAGUCGCAAGUGUACCCGCCAUCCCUCGUCAGUGGCGGCAGCGGCCCAAGACCUCAAUACCAGUUGGGGUCUGGAAGUCCUCUGUCGCAGCAGCAGGCGUCCAGUAGUUGCGGCAGCAUCAGCGGUGGCGGCGGCAGCGGCUACCCUCAAGCGGGCGAAGCGAGGUCGUACCUGCAGCCCGGACCGCAGGGGAUCACCUCCGGCAGCCCGAGACCUUCGUUGCAGUCCGGGGGCGGCGGCAGCAGCGGCCCUUACCUGGAGGCGCGGGCGGACGUCGCCCCCCCGCCGGGCGUCCUGGUGGCCGCCGCUAGGCCCUCGCCCAGCCCGACCGACAGCCUGCAGAGGUCGCAGUCGCCGCGCAAGCAGGCGCCACCGCCCACGCUCGACUCCAGCUCGAUUUACUCGAUGUACACGCAGCACGCGGGCCCCUCCCGCCAGCUGCAGCACGCCAUGCUGUCCGCGCUCGGCAAGAAUCAGGGCCGGCAGCUGCCAGGGGCUGCCCCGGCAGGGUAUGGGAAGCCAGCUGGCAGCAUCCAAAAGCCGCCGGUGAAACCUUUACCAGCGUACGACCCCGCACGGCCCCCUUACAGUCCACCACUGCCAUACGGACUGCCGAUUCCACGGACUCUGCAAGAGGACAGGGAGUUGGAAAUGGAAGGAUUAAGUUCAAGCAUAGUCCCAGCCUUGGGCACAGACGCCGACCCUCCCCGGCCACUGAGCCCCACCAAGCUGAUGCCGAUCAGCAUGUCCCCGCUCCGCGGCCAGAGCGACGCCGACCUGGAGGCGCUGCGGCGCAAGCUCCAGCACGCCCCACGGCCCCUCAAGAAACGCGGCUCCAUCGCCGAGCCAGAGACAUCCGGCACGGGGUUCGGGGGCAGCCUGGGAGGGUUGGGUGGUGGCGGCGGCGGAGGCGGCGGAGGCGUCGGUGGAGGGGUCGCCGCCUCGUUGUUGCAUCAUCAGACCAGCCCGGGACACCUUCUGCAGAAGUUGCAGUACCAGCGCUUGACGCUGUCCGUACUGGAGGAGGGUGCGGCACGCGACUUCGGGCAGAUCGCACCGCCUCUGCCCACGUAUGCGCCGUAUGACUACGGGCAGCAGAAUUCGAGCACGGCUUUUUUGAGCCAGGACUCGGACGGCAGUGAGUACAUACCUGGUGAGCUUGACCCAGCGCCUCAGCAACCACCACCUCCUCCUGCCUCCAUCCCCCUCGCACCGCCUGGAACGCCACCGGGGGACCUCAAUGAUAACGCUCUCCCCAGCAGCCCUGGCAGUGGUACUAGCGUGGCAGCAACGACGCCAUCAUCCACGGAGGAGGAGCAGGCUGAUGGGACCAGCUCCCAAGGAGAAGAGGAGCCAAACAACAACGACUCGGCGGAAGAGGAUGUGACAACGCCCAGUGACAUUGGGGCGGAAGACUCGAUCGAGGACCAUCUGACGCUGCCCUCCCACUACUUAUUUGAGGAUCCGGAGCAGGAGUUCGACCCGGAAGACCUGAAGCCUCCCAUCGUCUUCCCGCCUACCCUGCCACCUAACAAGCGGACAAACCUGAAGAAGCCGGGCUCGGAGCGCACGGGCACGGGCGAUCGUGUCAAGUUCAACCCGCUGGCCCUGCUGCUGGACGCUUCCCUCGAGGGGGAGUUUGACCUGGUGCAGCGCGUCAUCUACGAGGCGGAGGACCCCAGCCGGCCCAACGACGAGGGCAUCACGGCGCUGCACAACGCGGUGUGCGCUGGGCACAUGAACAUCGUUCGCUUCCUCGUGCAGUUCGGCGUCAACGUCAACGCCGGCGACAGUGACGGAUGGACCCCGCUGCACUGCGCCGCGUCGUGCAACAGCACGCAGCUGUGCCGCUUCCUGGUGGAGACGGGCGCCGCCGUGUUCGCCGCCACGCAGAGCGACAUGGAGACGGCGGCCGAGAAGUGCGACGAGAUGGAGGAGGGCUACGAGCAGUGCUACCAGUUCCUCUAUGGCGUGCAAGAGAAGAUGGGCGUGAUGAACAAGGGGGUGGUGUACGCGCUCUGGGACUUGGAGGCGGAGAGCGAGGACGAGCUGACGGUGCGGGAGGGCGACGCGCUGACCGCGCUGCGACGAGGGGACGACGAGGAGACGGAGUGGUGGUGGGUGCGCUUGGACGAGCGGGAGGGAUACGUGCCGCGCAACCUGCUCGGGCUCUACCCGCGGAUCAAACCACGGCAGCGGAGUCUGGCCUGAAGGACGCAGGGGGACUGUAGCCUCAUCCUGAAACCUGGCGACUCGUCUUCAAUGAAGCGUCCUCGCGGAAGCUCUCCGCGUACUUGGCAUCGGGCACCAAAUGAAGCGAAAUUAUAUGCCCCAUGUGAAAGCCGGAGACCGUCUGGCCUUUGUGAUAUUUUCAUGACAACGCAAAUGAUUUAUCAUUCAGUAGCCUUUGUGAUGUUGGCAGUAAUACCGUGUUUUAUUUAUGUGAAUUGCAUUUGUGUUAAUGUCUGUGCUCCGAUGCUUGAUGUGUGCGCACGUGGUGCUUGGCUGGUGGCCACACUGUGCCAUGAAUGCCGGACUCUUCGUUACAGUUUUAACCGGGUCGCAAUCAUUUCCUGCGUGCGGAUGGACUAAGCCAAGUGGACAUUUUGGCAAACGAAUGUGUGGUUUUUACAAUACCCGUUGUACGACGUGUGGCUGUCUGCAGGAGUGAUGAUUCCCCUUGACAAUCUUUAAUUUAAACGUUAACCACAAAAAAGCAGACAUCUGUUCGGCCCCACCUCUUAAAUAAGUUAGCCCAUUGAGUGUUGGUUUUACAAAGAGCUUGUUAGUUUUAUCCACGAUAUGAGCUGUAUACCAAGCCAACAAUUUUGGGAUAACGAUUUAUAAAUAUGCUUAAAUUUAGUACAAUUUCAAGUUAAGUUUAUAAAACCCCUUUGCCGGUUUUUGCGUACUCAUUAAAUAUGCUCACGGACAUUUUUGCCUGUACUAAUUUUUUUUAAUAACUGCUGUUUUCACUUUAAUUUAGCAAAACAUAUAAAUAUAAUGUAAGGUGGUGCAGGAGAGGUUACAAGCUACUUUACCGUACGGUUAUCAAAUAUAACCGUGUCCUUUUUUUUAAAGUACUUGCCACUCUUAAUGCGUGGACCUUUAUUUUAUUCUACACUUUACCUGCCGGGACUGGAAAGUGUGCAUUUUGUUUUUAGCACACGUGUAAUUAUGAAUGGAAUGAAUUGGAAGUAAAUUAUCCUUACUGUUGUUUUAUGAUUGCAGUGAAAAAUGUACAUGCACAUUAAAUGUCUGUACAGCUGUCGUUUAAUACUGCGCAUGAACUGUAAUACAGUAUUAAAUGUACUCUUUGCUUUGUUA